AUUACAGUGUCAGGUUCAGGUAGUUGGUGAUCGAUAAGCGACGACGACGUGAACUCAGAGAACUGGAUCAUUGUGGAUGCAAACGAUCGACGAUUCACCCGUUUGAGGAAACUAAUUAGCAGUGUGUUCCACAGAUGUGAGGGAGGCUGGAGCGCAUUGGAUAUCUGGUGAAGUUCAUUAAAAUUAGUAGCACUUAAAUAGGCUACAGCUAUGGUGGGAUGAGGUCAGUUUGUGUUUGGUGAUCGGCGGCUGCUGGAUAAAGUUUGUGCAUCUGGAGACUGUUGAGUGAAAAGUGAUCUUGAAAGCUUGUUGAAAACUGAGAAUUUCAAGUGUUUGAAUACUGUUCUGAUAGAUUUCAGAAAAAAGAACGUAAUGAUGAAUUCCAAACAAGUGAUUUUGAGCCUUGGACUGUUGUUGGUAGUGGUGGGAUUGAGUGGUGUUCAAGGAGCAGCUCUUCGUGAGAAAAGGCAGCUGAACUCUCUGUUGACACUGAGCGGGGAGGCUAACGCCAGGAUCGAGAACGGAACCAUCUUCUGCGACACCCUCAAGUGCCCGCCGGAGUCCUUCAAGUGCAUCAUCGUCAAGAACAAUACCCGAGAAAACCUGAACCAGGUGGAGAUAACCCGAGAAUGUUUGGACCCGGCCGGAAAGCCCACGGCCAAGACGAUCGAGCGGGAAGCCAACCAGUUCCCGGGUACACACUUCGAGAGCUACGCGGAAAUCGACAAGAACGGUAACAUCGCUUCGUUCGACAACCGAGGCAACUCGUACAACCAUUCGGGCAGCGGAGAUCUGCACUCGUACCUGUACAAACAGAUCGACGAAUUGCACAAGCAAAUCCUGGACCAGCUGCAAGGAGUGUCGUCAUCCUAUCGGAUUCCUUAGGGGCGAUGUUUGGGGAUGAAUGUUGAAACAUAAGACGUCGAAUGUUCGAAACGCGAUUGUUCGUCCAUCCGACGUUUUGUCUUUUAAUUCCUUGUCAUAGAUCACGUGGAUGUAGUGGAGUCACCAACUUCACGUUUAAGUUUAAUUAGAUAGUAAUUCGAUAUGAGAGCCAAAUUCUGAUCUUAGUAAGAAUUUUCCAAUUCAUUCGAGAAAUAAACGACGGCGAGAGCAGAUCGUGGGAACUUUUCUCACGCCAACGGUGAGAUAGCGAUCAGCGAGGUGGGAAUUCCGGAACGAUGCGAUGCCCUCCACAAUGGGGCCGAGACCGAGACGCUGCUGGAGAGAUGUGCGUUGAUAGGUCCGUCAAAAUUGUAUCGCCGCAAAACGUUGAUUAAUGAACAAGUGGUGUUUUUGCGUUAAUUGGAUUUGUUCGCGUUAGCGGAGUCAGUCGCUCUCGAAUCACGUGGAUCGGUUUGUUGUAAAUUUAUGAAUGUGAUAUGUAGAUAAAUAAAACUGUUAUUACCGGA